AUGUUUAAAUAUCCAACUUCACUUAUUACUGUAUUCCUCUUUUUUCUUUCUAUUGGGAUAACUUUUACCCUUUCAUCUCCCACAAUUGGUAGUCAACAUGUUUCUGAUAUAAGUCCCGAUCAAGUUUCUGCUUAUGAAAUGUUUUGCAAAGAUUAUAGUCAUUUACAAUUAUGCAAACUUGAAUUUACUCUUCAACAAGCUCUUGCUGAACUUCAAUAUAUUAUUUUAAAUGAUGAUCCUACUGAUGAUAAUCAAAACAUAAAAUCUAAAAGAAAGUCUGCUUUUGUUAGAUUUGGUAAACGUGAUUUAGGUGAUGAAAUUGCAUUUGAUAAAAGAAAAUCGGCUUUUGUACGUUUUGGUAGAAGUAUUGAGGAUUCUAUAAGUGGACAAAAAAGAAAAAGCUCCUAUGUAAGAUUUGGUUAA